UGAAGAGGCGACACGAGAGUAGGAUGUGAGAACUCCGUACGCGCGGAGGAGGCUGCGGACGCGUGUGUGCGGGUCUGUUCACAGAAACCACUCCGGAUGAUUUUUAACUUCAGUCAACUUGUGGAGGAGCCGCAGGCUGCGGUCCCAGUCUCCAUCUUUCUGGCCUCAGGACCAGUACCUCGAUCCUCCCGUUCAGUACUUCCCUAUCACUAUCUGCCCGUCUCUAAGAGACUUUGAAUAAAGUAUUACCCCAUUACCAUCAUGGCCGAUCCGGAACCACCCUGCCUCUCGGGGGUCAGUGGCAACCCACACCGGAAUGUCAGUGUCAUCUCCGCAACCCGUCCCUGCAACCGGACCACUGAUCGGCAUUCACCAUACACCACACAGGCCACCACGGCCUUUGCCAUGGCCAUCACCUUCAUGAUGAUCGUGACCAUCUUUGGGAACAUCCUGGUCAUCAUGGCUGUCCUGACAUCCCGGUCCCUGAAGGGUGCUCAGAACCUCUUCUUGGUCUCCCUGGCGGCUGCAGACAUUUUAGUGGCCACUCUAAUCAUUCCUUUCUCGCUGGCAAAUGAGCUGCAGGGUUACUGGGCAUUCGGCUCCAUUUGGUGUGAGGUCUACCUGGCCUUGGAUGUCCUCUUCUGCUCCUCCUCCAUUGUCCACCUGUGUGCCAUCUCUCUGGACCGAUACCUGUCUAUCUCUCGACCCAUGUCAUACAGAACUAAAUGUACCCCUGCAUGGAUCAAAGCAGCCAUCAUCGCAGUCUGGCUGAUAUCUGCCGUCAUCUCGUUCCCACCUCUUCUCAGCCUGGACAAGAGCUUAUUAGGAGAAGAAGUGUGCGAACUGAACAACGAGCGCUGGUACAUCCUCUACUCCACCAUUGGGUCGUUCUUUGUCCCCUGCAUAAUAAUGAUCCUCGUCUACAUGAGGAUUUAUCAGAUUGCUAAGCAGCACACACGUUGCCCACCGGGACAUAAAGUCAAAGGAAAGCCAGAGAUGAACCAACGAGGUUCCAUUGCAGCCAUCCCAACGACUUCCCCAGAAGGUUCUACCCCGUCCUCAGUUAAAAAACCAGACCUCCCUCAUUCCAUUACAGCCCAAAAACCUUGUCCAGUUCCACUGUGUGUUAAGCAAGCAGAUGUACCCCAAACAGCCUACCAGAAGAGUCCCAACCAUGGAGGGGAAGGACAUUUCAACAGCGCCUCCACACCUAGCAUACAUAAUGCAGAGCCAUCAUAUGUAACAUCGCCUCAAAGCCCAGAGGACAAAAUCCAGGUCCUCAACCUGGCCUGUCGACGUAAAAGCACCAUGACCACAGCAACCGGCACCAAACUGGCAUCUGAAGAUGCCUCUACGACUCAAGGAACAACCGUAUCCCGCCGUAAGACCAUGGCAAAAAAAGAGAAGAGAUUCACCUUCGUCCUGGCUGUUGUCAUGGGGGUGUUUGUGGUCUGCUGGUUCCCCUUCUUCCUCUCAUACUCUCUCAAGGCGGUGUGCCCACAGACUUGCAACAUCCCCGAACCUCUGUUCAAGUUCUUCUUCUGGAUUGGCUACUGUAACUCCUGCCUGAACCCGGUCAUUUAUACCAUCUUCAACAAAGACUUCAGGAUGGCCUUCAAGAGGAUCCUGUACCGCGACAUGAAGGGGACGUUCUUCUAGACCGGGUGAUGUUACUACUCUUCAGAGUGGUGGCAGACAGUGAGACAUCCUUGUCUCUGAAGGUCUCUGUCAAUAAGGACAUUUCCUGCAGUGUUGAUAGAAAAUUGCCUACUUUAAGGAGGAAAUUGCAGCCAUUUUGUCCUCUUGCUGUUUGCUGCAUCAGAGCAAACGCUGAAGGAGAAGUCAGGAGGGCAAAUCAAUUAUGUUUAAUGUCAUUUAAGAAAAUGGUGUUUUGUGUGUUGUUCGUCUCUGAAGAAGACGGAUUCGAUUGCAUCUGGAAGCCGAAGUCAGGAUGAUGCAGGGUCUGUGUUCAGUAAUUAUAUAGGACUUAUGAUGGUGUGUGUGUGUGUGUGUGUGUGUGUGUGUGUGUGUGUGUGUGUGUGUCUGUGUGUGUGUGUGUGUGUGUGUGUGUGUGUGUGUGUGUGUGUGUGUGUGUGUGUGUGUGUGUGUGUGUGUGUGUGUGUGUGUGUGUGUGUGUGUGUGUGUGUGUGUGUGUGUGUGUGGUAGUCGAGGAGAGUUGCCUGAGGGUCUUACUGGUGGAAAACAAAUAUCACUAAGUGUCCUUUAUCGUGGAUAAAAUGGGCGCUGAGGGAACACAAGAUCAGGAAGAUGUGAGUCUUCGUUUCCAUCCUUCCGUUUUGACCGUCCUCUUUGAAUCCUCUCAUCUUUUUGAACCUUCCUAUGUUACAUCUCUUUCGGUAACAACUCAUUGAGGUGCUUGCUGAAGGCCUUAACAGGAAAAACUGGAGCAGCAAAUCUGAGAAAUAGCAGAAGUGACAUGAAAGAUGGGAACAUGAAUGUUUUAUGUGGCAUCUUCAGAUGAACUCUUGAUUUUUCUCUUGAGCUUAAAUCUUUCCUUCUUUUAAUGUUCCCUGUCUUUUUUACACUUAACCUGACCCAGCGGGUGAAUGCAUGUGGUCUUGGUCUGUUUUUACAGGGUUUCUGUUAUUUUCAUAGAACCAUGUUUAAAAGCUAGA